AGCUCCCGGAGCUAUCAUCUCCUUCUUCGUAAAAUCAACAGCUUCGAGUCUCAGCUCGUCGGGCAAAACUUCUCUGCGUGGCGGACCACCGGUGGUCUUCUUGUUACGGCAAUUGGGGUUUCAAUUGGUAAACAGAGAUCAAAAGAUGAGACAUGUGUGGUGUUGUGCCCUAAUCUUGGCUAUCAAUUUGUUCAAUCACCAAGUCUUCGCUGAUCAGAUCUUCCCAUCUCACGCUGGUGGGACCUUUGGUAGCAGCUCGCGGGAACCAAAAUACAAAAUUGAAUUUCAUCCGGAAGAUUCACCUUUCCAUCCUGAUGAUGACCAGGAGUCUAUGAUUAUGCCCGAUAAAAAUGGGGACAAGUUUUUAUGUUUCUUCCCUAAAGCAGAGAAAUCCAAGAGUGGAAGGCCAGUUUAUCAACAGAACACAAGCAGCUUGAUUUUGGAAACUGAAAAACGGAUUAAGUUGAAGACACCGGACGAGCUACUUGAAGUUCUAAAGGACCGAUGCUUUAUCAGACAAGAGGGUUGGUGGACAUACGAAUUGUGCUACCAGGAUAAGUUGCGGCAACUUCAUUUGGAGGAUGAAAAGGUUGUUCAAGAGUUCAUCUUGGGUGCUUAUGAUGCUGAGGCUACAGCUGGUUACAACCAGAAUCUAUCUGACAUUUCAAUACUGAAAGAUCCUCGCUCCAAAGAUGCGUCACAAAGAUAUCAUGCUCAUCAGUAUACCAAUGGAACCGUCUGUGAUCUAACAAAUCAGCCUCGAGAAACUGAGGUGAGGUUUGUCUGCUCAGAACCCAGAGCUAUGAUUAGUUCUAUUACUGAGCUAUCCACUUGCAAGUAUGCGCUCACAGUUCAAUGCCCGACGCUUUGCAAGCAUCUAUUGUUUCAAGAAGAGAGACCAGUGUGGCACAUCAUUAAUUGUAAUGCGCUCCCGAACGACCAAAAAAAGUCAAAGGUGAAGGAAGACAGUUUUCAAGACGAGAAAAUUACCAUGGUCACAGAAGAUGAGCGUCCAUCUUCUUUCGACUCAGAACAAUAUGCAACAUAAAUAGAUGUUUAACAUUUGGUUAGUUAUCUCAAAAGAUAUAUGUAAUCAAAUUCUCCGCAUCUGGAACUCUCAUUUUUUGUAACUUUUUCCGUUUAUUUAGAAUAAUAUGUAUCUUGAGGGAAGGCUAUGCUAGGAUAAAUGCCAAACUUCUGAUAGUUCAUUGAGAACAUUAACUGCA